AUUCGAGGAGCAGCUGGAACUGCGAGGAACUCGCUCCAAAAUCGCUCACGCGCCGCUUGUUCUCGGCUUCUCCUCAGCAGGGUAGCUACUGGUAAGAUUUUCCCAUGUCAUCCACCCCUGCUAUCAGUUGGUGGUGCAGUCUAUGGACAGAGCGACACUGGGAAUGAGAUGGUCUGCUCAUUUUCCAUCAUGUUCUCUUGGAGACUGUAGGAGGCCCACUGUGGAUGCAGCUGAUACUUUAUUGAAGACAGCUAUGGCACAACACCAAACAAAUCCUGCUCUGUAUUCAGUACAUUAUGCGUUUCCUGCAACCAGAAUUUCAGCAUCUCCUAGUUUUUAUGAAUAUUUGCAUUCAGGACUGUGGCAUUUUAUUUAACUACUUGUUUCUUUGUUUGAAGAGUGAGCUCCAUAUCCACAUAUGGUAUGGAACAAUAGAAAUGGCCUAUUUUGACACAUUUGUCUUUUAAAAGUUACUAAAAAGUAGACCAACAUUACUAUCAGCUAUGUUUCUUUUACUUGGAAGAGAAUCAUUGGGAUUACUGAGCUUCAGCCUGAAAAAAACUCCUGAACUAUUUUACUUGGCUAUCUUGAUUUCCAAGCAUGUCUUUGUGCUCUCAUAUCUCCCUGCCCAAUCCCUGCUUAUGCCAUAGAGUGUUGGUAGAAGACCUAGAACUUUGUGGCCUUGUACCCAGCACAGCAGUGUGAACUCUUCUUCCUGACACUUGAGCACUCCUGAACAACUGGGUACUAACUGUGCAUUUCCGCUGGAAAUAAUGCCUCAGUCCCUUUCCAGCAGAUGCAAGUUUUAAAAAAAGAGAGAUAGCUAUUGGAUGUAUUGAACCCAAGCCCAUUUUAUUAAAGCACAUUUACUUGGAUUAUUUUUCCACACUCAAUAGCAACACUGGAAAGAGAAGUUAUUCUUGAUUGUGUCUUUGAAUCUUUGCCACAUGUAGAAGACUGAGAGUUGUCUAAAAUGGCUGCACGGUGGAGACAAAGGACAAACGCGCUGGUUGUGACUCUCGGAGUGCUGCACUGCUGGGGAUUGGGGUCCUGUUAUGAUGAGAGGACUAGUGUUUUCUCAGAGGACAAAUCACUUGAAAAAGGCCCAGUGACCCGUGAAAGAGUGAAGAGAGGAUGGGUGUGGAACCAGUUCUUUGUGGUGGAAGAGUACACAGGAACAGAGCCACUUUAUGUUGGAAAGAUCCACUCAGACUCAGAUGAAGGUGAUGGCUCCAUCAAGUACACCAUAUCUGGUGAAGGCGCAGGAACUAUCUUUAUCAUUGAUGAGGUCACAGGGGACAUUCACGCCACCGAGAAGUUGGACCGUGAGGAGAAAGCCUUCUACACAUUACGAGCACAGGCUCGAGACCGGCAGAGUGAUGCCCCACUCGAACCCGAGUCCGAGUUUGUCAUCAAGGUCCAGGAUAUCAAUGACAGUGAGCCCAAAUUCCUGGAGGGGCCAUACAUCGGAAGUGUGGCUGAGCUGUCUCCUAUCGGUACAUCAGUAAUGAAAGUGAUGGCCUCAGACGCAGAUGACCCGACGUACGGGAGCAGUGCCAGGAUAGUGUACAGUGUUUUGGACGGAGAAAAUUUCUUCACUGUUGAUAGACAGACUGGAGUGAUUCGGACAGCCGUAGCAGACCUUGAUAGGGAGACCCAGGACCGUUAUGAGCUAGUUGUCAAGGCAACAGACAUGGCAGGCCAAAUGGGUGGUCUCUCCGGCUCCACCACGGUGACCAUAGUGAUCACGGAUGUUAAUGACAACCCUCCACGUUUCCCUCAGAAGAUGUGUCAGUUUUCAGUUCCAGAAGGGAUGGCAGUGGGCACAUCGGUGGGUCGGGUGAUGGCCAUGGAUGCAGACAUGGGCGAGAACACGGACAUGAGCUACUUGAUUAAAGACGAGGAAGGAGGAGAGCUCUUUAGAGUCUCCACUGACACAGACACACAAGAAGCCAUCAUCAUCAUCAAGAAGCCUCUGGACUAUGAGAAGAAACGCACCCAUAAUGUGGUGGUGGAGGCGGUGAAUAAGCAUGUGGAUCCACGCUUCGUGGACCUGGGCUCUUUCCGGGACCAGACCAUUGUCAGAGUCAGCGUGUCAGAUGUGGAUGAACCUCCAGUCUUCUUUCCACCCACCGGAGCUAUUAUGGAAGUACAAGAGGAUGCCAAGCAAGGGGCUCUUGUGGGCUUUGUUACAGCCAGGGACCCAGAUGUGGAUAAUGUCCCUCUUAGAUACUCAAUAGAUCAGAGCACAGAUCAGGAGCAAAUCUUUAACAUUGACGCAGUGACUGGUGCAAUCACCCUGGGGAAGAUCUUGGACAGGGAGACGGCGGGCUGGCACAACAUCACAGUGACAGCCGUAGAAGCAGAUAACCAGUCCAUGGCUUCUCAGACUUCAGUUAGCAUCCGUAUUCUGGAUGUGAAUGACAACCCACCUGAGCUGGCCACCCCAUAUGAAGCCUCCAUCUGUGAAGAUGCAAAAUCUGGCCAGCUCAUUCACACCAUUAGUGUUGUGGACCGAGAUGAACCUCAAUCAGGCCAUCGCUUCCAUUUCACACUUGCUCCUGAGGCCUCUAGCAACCAGCAUUUCACAUUGUUGGACAUUAAAGACAACACAGCAAGCAUAAAAAUCGAGCGAUCGGGUUUCAACCGCCAGGAGCAGAACAUGUACCUGUUGCCCAUCCUGGUGGUGGACAGUGGGCCUCCAGCUCUUAGCACAACUGGCACACUUACCAUCCAUGUGUGUGGUUGCGACACACACGGAGUCAUCCAGUCUUGCAAUUCCACAGCAUUCAGCAUGGGCACAGCUCUAAGCCCAGGAGCUCUCAUCGCCCUGCUCGUCUGCAUGCUCAUCAUCAUCGUAAUUGUGCUGCUGAUUGUGACCUUAAAGCGCCACAGGAAGGGUCAGCGCAUGUGCGAGGAAGAGGAAGACAUGCGGGACAACGUCAUAAAGUAUAACGAUGAGGGCGGAGGUGAGCAGGACACACAGGCCUAUGACAUGAGUGCACUGCGCAACCUCUAUGACUUCCCUGAAGCCAAGAGCGCUGAGUCACUUCCCAAGCGCAUCCAAAACCAUGUGAACUCUGAAAGAGAGGUAGCUGAUUUCUCCCUGUUUAAAGGCUACAUCCGUAAGAAGGUGGAGCAGGCAGAUGCAGACCCAUCUGUGCCUCCCUAUGACUCAUUUCAGACAUACGCACUGGAGGGCAGCGGCUCACCAGCACUCUCACUAAGCUCCAUCCACACUCUGUCCACCAGCUCAGAGCAGGACUUCUCCUACCUCAGAGACUGGGGGCCUCGCUUCAGGCAGCUGGCAGGAUACUAUGCCCCAGCACAGCCUGAUGAAGAGGGGUCCUAGCACUACCUGCCAUCCUGUGCCUACUACGCUAACACCACACUGCUGUUCCAUUGACAGUGCUCAGUCCUGGAGCUGCCCCCACACUCCUGUAAUAAACACUAUCCUCAAUCACUGGAUGAUCACUGGAUCUCAGUCUUUUCUGGACAUUUUAAUAACACUUUGUAAAAGACACAGAUAGUUUGCCGUUGUAAAUGAUUAAAAGGUGGAGGAUGAACAGUCCAUGAGUGAGGAGUUGGGUGGGAUUCCAACAAACCUAGCAGUGUGUGAAACGUGAGCUGGGCUGUGCUAUAUGCACAGUACUAAACCCACAUUGUUCCUGAUCUGAAGCGUUUCCUUUCUGUGUGUGUGUGUGUGUGUGUGUGUGUGUGUGUGUGUGUGCGUGUGUGUGUGCGUGUGUGUGUGCGUGUGUGUGUGCGUGUGCGUGUGCGUGUGUGUGUGUGUGCAUGUAUGUGGUCUUUCUUUUCAUUUUUGGUGAUGGCAAAGUCUACUGAUUCAUUGGGAGAUCCAGAACAGGACACCAUGCAGCAGAACUGGGGAGGUCAUUUUAUAAGCCACGACUAAUUAUUCCCAGAUGAAAAUAUGUAUUUAUUUAAAAAAAAAAAAAAAAGAAGAAGAAGAUAUUUAUGUAUUUAUUAUUUCUAUUUAUUUAUUUAUUUAUUCCUCCUGGUUGAAGUACAGAAUAUUGGACUGGACAUAAUUAUAGAACAAUAUAGAAAUGUAAUGGAUGGAUGAUACAGACUGAACAUCCCUGAGACUUAAUGCAAGAAACUGACUUUUAAAGGCAUUGACAUGAGGGUGCCAUUGUGAGUGAGAGAUCUGGGCCACAGACUUUCAAAAUUUAUUUAUUUUUCAGAAACCCAUUUUUCUAAAAUACAGGCCUGUGCUGGGAAAGGAUGUAUAAAUAUUAAAUAUUCACUCACUCAGAGGUUGGUUUUUGUCCUAUCAUACAUUUCAUGUAUUGUGUUACUCUUAAAUUGAUUAUCCAAGUCCAUGUUGUAGGCAGUCAAAUAUUUGUUGUGUGUGUUAACUUUUUCUUUUGAAGCUGUAUUUCAGUGGUUAAUUUGGGGGGCAAUAAGUAAUAUAUAACCACAAGAAACAGAAGAGUCAGAUUUUCAACAUUUUUAUUAGUAUUUACAUUUUGAGUCCACGUUCAUUCCAGAUUUGUGACUGUGUUGUUUAUAUUCUAAACUGGUUUCAAGACCAGAAGAUUUGAUUGGUUUUAUUCAGUUUAAUCUUUAGUAUUGGUUGAGGCUGAUGAAGGGGAAUAAGUAUAUGGUUAGAAGGCCUGGUUACACUAAAUCUUUCUUAAUCCAUGGUAAAUGUGUUGAGGUGGAUGCUUAGAAUGCGCUCUGCAUUUCUUUUAACUCAGCAGUAAUUAAGCCAAUCAGAAUUAAUUUUAUUUAUACAAGAAAUUAUAUCUUGCCCAGCUGUUUAUGAACCGGUUGAACAUUUUUUGUAAAACUAAAAGUGCAUUUAUUUGCCCCAUGACCACUAGUGUAUCCAGGACUUAGUACAUAUGUAGGAGGUUUUCAUCACCCACAACCAAUAUCUGGAGACAUUCUGUUGCCAACCAUAUCCAGUAACAGUGUAUGGAUUAAAUGUACAGUUGAAAUCAAUAAAUAUUAAACUUUUUGUAGACACA